GUGGCAAUGCAUACGGAUUGAUAUUGGAACAUCAGUUUUGCCAAUGCAACCUGUGCAAUUUAGCAGCAGCGCUGUCGCAUUGGAGGAUGUGUGCAUUAUUUGUUCAUCCUUGCCCAGCUCAUCCUCUAGACAUGAACUGCCUGUGCGUGUUGCAUCAGCUGACCAGUGUCCCGCUGGUCUAGAGAAUGUCUACUUGUGUGGGACUGUGGAGGAAGUGUGGCCUUUGCGUGUACGCUUUAGACCACUGGGUUGCUUUGUGGAUCGAACGGAUUCGGAUUGCGCGGAGCUGCCAAACUGUCAGGUUUUGCCCCAGCUUGCAGAGGGACUUGCUCUCGCCUGGGAGCCCCUUCUGGCAGCUGUUUGUUCCAGGCAUGUGGCCACAAUCCAGGACAUGAUCCUCAGGAAUGCCAGAAGAUGGCCUGACAAACUCGCAUUGAUUUACGAGGACAGAGAAUGGACUUAUCAGCAAAUGUGCUCUGCGGCUUGCAGCCUUCGGGAUCGCCUUCUUGAAGGGGGCCUUUGUCCGAGCAGAGGACCUAUUGCUGUGCGAAUUGACGCAUCGGAUUAUUCCGCAAUUUGUUUCCUCGCUUUGAUGUCUGGGCGCUUCACCGUGCAUCUGUUGGACCGGGGUGCUUCGAGCCAACGAUAUCGUCUUCAAACAUGUCCCAGCCAGGCCAUUGUCACCAAGCAUGGUCAGGACUUGGCCGUCACGGAGGACUUGCGCGUUUUCAACUUGGAUGAGAUGCAGCUGGAUUGGUCGCAACCACUCAGCAGCUUGCACAUGGAUGGUGAUUUGAACGAUGUGGCAUUCAUUGAAUAUACGUCUGGCUCCACUGGCAACCCCAAGUCUGUGGCCACCGUCCAAUGGCGCAUUGCACAUUGGGCCAGAUGGCACCUGUUCCAUUUUCCACCGCAAGGGGCAAGAGAUGCUUACAAUUUGUUUUGGAUUUGGUAUUGGCAAAUCCCUUUGACAACCGGCAGCACAUGUGUUGUGUGGCCCAACUGGCAAAGUCAAGACAUCAGUCAGCUCAUGCAAUAUUUCAGAAGACACAGGGUGACUCGCUGCAAUUGCCUGACGCCUGGACAACUCUCGGCGCUGCUCUCCGUGGAGGACACGUUGCCCAACGACCUGCAGGAAGUCUUCGUUGGUGGCGAAGCUUUGCCUUUGUCAACAUGUCGAAGCUGGCUGAAAAAGUGGCCUCAUGUUAGAUUGGUUGUUAAUUACGCGACUACCGAGACCGCAGCAGAUAUGGCAUUCCUUCCAAUGACCGAGGAAAUUGCAUGCAUGGACAUGCCCUUUGCGCCACUGAGCGCCAAUAUCGUUUGCUGGAACAAUCAGAUGACCAUCGAGAAUGAGGAGUUGGUGAUUUCUGGCUGGAAUGUUGCCGAUGGCUAUUUGCCGCCAACAGUGUCGUCUGCAUUUAGAAGAAAUGAGGACGGCUUCACCAACACUUACAGAACAGGUGAUAGAGCUCAAAUUAAAGACGGGCAUAUUUUUAUCAUGGGCAGAGUAGACAAGGUUGUGAAGGUCCGUGGAUUUCGAGUAGACACGGAUGGACUCGAGUCGUUGUUGAUGAAAGAGACUGUCGUGAAGGAUGUCUGCGUGAGAAAGUUCAAAGAGAGUUUGUAUGCUGUGACGUGCACUACAGACAUUGAAAGGGUGAAGACUUUUGCGAAGGAAAACUAUGAGCACUCCAAUUUGAUUGUGUGGGUUCCGGUGGAUGGACUGCCAAUCACCAAGUCUGGAAAGAAAGACAUCAGAGCCAUCGAGCAGAUCUUGUCUGACUUGGAGAACACUGACGAGGUGAUGGAGUACGACACUGAAGAAGAGCGACGUGUGGCUGCUGCCUACAAAGAGGUGUUGGGACGACAGGUGUCCAGAGAUACACCCUUCUUGGAGGCUGGAGGCCAUUCCUUGUCAGCCAUGAGGAUCGCAAAGUUGCUGGGCAUUUCGCCAGUGGAACUCUUCAAGUACCCAACUAUUGCUGACUUGGCCAAGUUCCUGUCGAAGGAUGUGCAGCUGGACAAAAGCAUGAUGCACACGGUGAGCCUUCCGCGAGUUCAGCAAGCUUCAAAUGGCCCUUUGGCAGUGGUGGGCAUGGCCUGUCGACUGCCGAACGCCGAUUCUGCUGAGCACUUCUGGGAUUCGUUAAAGGCAGGGCAUCUUAUGACAACCCAGUUGCCAGUCAUGCCGGGACAAAUUCCGCGAAAAGGCGUGGUUCCCGACCAUGGCUUCGACUGUCACUUCUGGAAGUGCUCCGAGCAAGCAGCGGCGAUGAUGGACACUGCGCAGCGGACGCUCUUGGAAGUCUCCUACGAGGCCUUCCACGGUGCUGGGUUCUCUGCACGCCUUCCAGACGGCCAACUGCGAGGCCUGGAACUUCCUGAAAGGAAUGUGGCCGUGAUCGUGUGCGGAGGCUCCUUGAAUCACUGGCCGAUCGAGCUUGGUGUUGAUCUUGAAGAAUCACGGACCAAACGGCCGGAUGAGUACUUCAAUCUAGAGGUUGGCACAGACAAGGACUAUCUGGCUUCCACAAUUGCCUAUCGUCUGGAUCUGCACGGAACAGCGGAGGUGGUGCAGACAGCAUGCAGUUCCGCACUAGUGGCCAUCUCGCGGUCGGUGCAGCUUCUGAAGUCUGGCUAUUGCGACUAUGCCCUAUGUGGCGGUGCAUCCUUUUCACCCAAUGCACCCAUUGCUGCUGUGGACGGUCUGAUUUGGUCACCGGACGGGGUUUGCAGACCUUAUGCAGAGGGUGCCAAUGGUACGACUAACUCGGAUGGCGGUGGAGUCGUGAUCUUGUCCCGCUUGUCUACGGCUGUGAGUCACGGGAAUGUUGCCCAUGCGCACGUCUUGGGUUCCGCUACCAACAAUGAUGGCGCUAGGAAAUCCACCUUCUCUGCGCCCUCUUAUGAGGGUCAAGUGGAAGUUCUUCGACAGGCGCAUUUGGAUGCUGGAAUUCUCAGCUCCCAGCUGGACUAUGUGGAGGGCCACGGCACCGGGACGAAGUUGGGGGAUCCCCUCGAAAUUGCAGCAUUGACGGAGGUCUUGGGUCAGGAGGGCCGGAUUGUGCUUGGCUCUGUGAAGGGAAAUUUGGGCCACUUGAACACUGCUGCAGGAGUGCCCGGGCUACUGAAGGCUGUUCUCAUGCUGAAGCACCAGUCAAUGGUCCCAUCUCUGCAUGCGGUGAACCCCAGCAAAGAAGUUGACUGGAACAGGACGCCUUUGACUCUAGCAACCCUCUCGGAGAGCUGGCAAGGCUCUUUGGCCUCUGUGAGUUCCUUUGGCGUUGGUGGCACCAAUGCACAUGUGGUGCUCAAAGCUGCUGCGCAGAAUGGCCACGCGAGCCCAGAGAAGGUUAGCUGGAACAGGAAACCCGUCGAGGUCCUCCUGUCAUCUUUCAACAAGCAGACCAAGCACGGGAAUCGCCAAGUGCAAGCGGUCGCUCAAACGCCAGUGAAAAUGGAGGCAAGAAAGAGCCUGGAGGACUGGUUCUAUGAAGCCACCAGGGAAGCUGUGCGACUGAGCGAAUUGAAGCCGAAACUUGCAGCUGUGUUGUUGGAUGGCGAGGAGCCUUCUAUGCCAGAGGGUAUGCCCAAAACCACAGUCCUCACCACGUGGCAACGUGCAGUGCCUGCAGCCAAAGCCGCAGGCGGAUUUCUGAUAUUCUUGGGAACCAGCACUUUGGAGCCGGAUGUGAAUGAUACUUCACAGGAAGUCUUGCUAUUGAACUUCAUGACUCUCAUCAAGAAGCUGACGCAGUCCAAGAGCACAUUCGAGGUGGCUUUCAUCCUUCAAAACACGUUGAGGUACGCUGGACUGCUGGGCUUCCUUCGGAGUGCUAUGAAGGAACACCCCGAGCUUCGCUUGCGGCUACUCUGUCGAGAGGGUGAGGCACCAGUCUUGUUUCCAGCUGCGCCAGGAGAGUUUAUCCUCACGACCCAAGGUGUCUUCACUCCACGACUGCGCUCCGUGCCGUCUCCUGCAGCCGUGGGGAGCUUUGCGAUGUACGAGCGAGCCUUGGUCACCGGUGGCUUGCGUGGCUUGGGACUUCGAGUGGCCAAAUGGCUGGCAGAUACGGGCAGGGCGAAGUCAUUGGUGCUGAUGGGCCGCAAUCAAUCUCAAGGCAGCAACGCAGAGCUGUUGGAGGAGUUGUCCAGGCAGUUGCCGGUGGAGGUUCGCCUUGGCGAUGUGUCCAAGUGGGAAGAGGUGCAGUCUCUGCCUGACGUUGACUUGGUGGUGCAUUGCGCGGGUGCCGUGAAGGACGGCGUUCUGCUCAAGUUGACCAGGGAAGAUGUGAGGAAGGUGAUCUAUCCCAAGAUUCGCGGAUCUUUGCACCUCAGGAAGAAGUUUCCCAACGCGAAAAAGUUGGCCUUCUCUUCGAGCUCCGGGCUUCUUGGUGUCCCCGGACAAUCCACAUAUGCCGCAGGCAACACCUUCGUGGAUGCUGUGAUGCCAUCUAUCCAGUGGGGAGGUUGGGCUGAGACUGGCAUGGUAGAAGACUUGGGGAUCGAGCCACUUCCUGGGGAGCACUUCGUCCCUGUCAACGAUGGCCUGGAGUGUUUCGGUCGCAUCCUGGAUGCGGAGGAGCGAGCAGUUCCGCUGGCUGUGCUGGAUGUGCAUUGGCCUGUCUUCCGGCAGCAAAAGACGGUCUUCGCACCUGACGAUGCGCUGCUCGCAACCAUUGAGGUGGAGAUCCCUCGGCCAAGUCCAGAUCAGCUGAAGCAGGUUUGGACCUUGGGCGCUGCUGGCAGUCGCCAUCGUGGCAGUCGUCAGAGUUUAGAGCUCUGUCAGCAGCACAUGGUCAGCGGUGUGCCGGUACUGCCUGGGUCUGCGCUGCUGGCCUUGGCCUUGGAGGUCUCGUCCCAGGUCCUACAGACGGACAGCGUCCAGCUGCAGGAUGUAAAAUUCAUCAUGCCCUUGGAGCUCCAGAGCGUCCGACAGCUAACCCUCACGGUCACAAAGAGUGCAUCAGGUGGUGCUUUGCGUUUUAGCAGCCGAGCUGAUGGCAAUGAAGAUUCCAAAGAGGCGCUGCACUGCACUGCCAACUUCACGUCAGCAGAAGUUGUGCAGCGGCCGAGGAUGCAAGCAACGCAGGCCCAUGGCCCGACCAGUUUGCCGCUGCUGGAUAUUUCUACGGACCCGAUUUCCAAGGUCUGGUCCUCCGUGAUCACUGUGCCCAGUUGUUGCGAUGUCUGGUUUGACCUCGUUUGGAUGGUGGAAGUUUGUGCUUUGACAGGACGCAUACUGAAGCUUGCACAGAUCAUGAGCGUUGACCUGGGGCACGAGUUCUUCAAGGUGGCGCUGAUGCGACAGGGGAUGCCGUUGGAAAUUGUCCUCAAUUCCCACUCCAAACGAAAGACCACCACGGCCGUGUCUUUCUUUGAGGCUAGCAGAGUAUUUGGAGAUGAUGCCCUUGCUCAUAUCAGCAAAGCUCCAACGAAGGUACCCACAUUUUUCCAUUCGUUGCUGGGCCAGAACUUUACCUCAGAGGCUGAUGUGCAGAGCGGUGGCCCCUGGUGGAAGAAAUUUGGUCUCAGCGACCUGUUCUACAAGUUCGAUCUCGGAUAUGACGUAGAACGUGGUGUCCCAACCUUCAAAGUGGGCGAAGAUGAAGCUCAUCUUCUUCAGGGUGAGGAAAUCCUCGCCAGCAUUUUGUCCUUUGCGAAGCAGAUGUCGGAAGACUCUGCGGAUGGCAAGUCCGUCCGUGAAUUGGUGGUCACCGUGCCAUCGGAUGCGACCUUGAGACAGAGACAGGCCAUCGUUUCGGCUGGUGAGAUCGCUGGACUUCGAGUUCUCACUCUGGUGCAUGAAACAUCUGCCUUCGCUGUGCAGCGGGCAGUUGAUGUGACCCCAGACAAGGGGGCCAGUGACAUUCACCUUUUCUACAACCUCGGUUCCAGAAAGGCUGAGGUCUCCAUUGUGAGGUUCGAAAGCCGCAGUGCAGGUAUGGUGGCAGGGAAAAUGGCUCCAGUGUUGACCGUCCUUGGCUCAGCCAUUGACUACAGCAUUGGAGGCCACUUGAUGGACCUUCGAAUUGCAGAAAAGAUGCUGAAGAAGUUUCAGGAGAAGUUUCCCAAGUUCAAAGAUGGUGUGAUCACCAAUUCUCGGGCUUUGCGGAAGAUCCUCUCGCAGGCGCAAAAGACCAAAAUGGUCCUGAGCUCCAACAAGGUGGCGCCCUUCAACGUCGAGUCCCUAUAUGAGGACACCGACUUCCAGGCCACGCUUUCACGUGAAGAUUUCGAAAGUAUGUGCCAGGACAUGUUUGAUGCACUGUCUAGACCUAUCGACAAGGCACUUGCAGCUGCCAAUGUGACCAUGGCAGACAUCAAGUUUGUGGAGGUGGUUGGUGGAGCAUGGCGAGUUCCAAAGGUUCAACAAAUUCUUUCCAGUCACUUCAAAUCUGGAGAGUCCAGCCUUCCUCUUGGGCAGCACUUGAACGGUGAGGAAGCAGGUGCUAUGGGAGCUGCCCUGGUGGCAGCCAACUCCAGCAGCUCCUUCCGCGUCAAAAAGAUCUUCUUCUCCGACAUUAGCGCCCACGAGUACGCCGUGCAGGUCACAGGUUUGGAUGGAACUUGGGAGAAGAACCUCACAGUUUUGUAUCCCGUUGGCAGUGCUCUUGGCUCAAAGAAGAAGUUGUCCUUCACCAUGGAGGAAGACUUCAAGGUGAAGGUCUUUGAGAAUACGAUCCUGGUGUCAGAGUACAGUGUUACCGGUCUGAAGGACCUGUUGGAGAACAAAUGGAAACCGUACAACACCACCGGUCCUCCAAAGAUCUCGGUGUCGGUGCCGUUGGAGACCAGCGGAAUUGUGGAGGUGAAGCAGCCCAUGGCAACCAUUGAGGAACUCUACUGGGUGAACGUCACAAAGGAAAAGCCCAAAGCCAAUGCUUCAAAAUCCAAAAAUGCGACCGAAGAAAGCAAUGCCAGUGAGGCAAGCAAUGAAACAGAGGAGAACAAAGAUGAGAAAAAAGAGGAGAAAACAGAUGAGAAAGAGGAGAGCAAUGACAGUAAUGCCACUGAAGAACCAGAGGUUGUUUUGAAACAGAAGAAAAAGAAACAUGAAAAGAAAUUGACUGUGAAGAGGCUAGACUACUUGCCCAAGCCUUUGACUGAUGAAAAGAUUGAGGAGCUUCAAAAGCGGCUGAAAGCGCUGAAGGAGCACGAGGAGGAGGCGGCUGCAAUGGCCGGUCUCAGGAAUGAGCUUGAGGCUUACAUCUAUGGCAGUCGUGACAAAAUGGAACGAGAUGACAUUGUGAAGGUGUCCACUGAACAGCAACGGGAAGGGGUGAGCAAGUUGUGCACCGAGUAUGAGGACUGGAUUCAUGAGGCUGGUCAUCAUCCAAAGAGUGAAUUCGAAACCAAGUUGAAGGCCUUGCAGGACUUGUUGAGUCCCAUGGAGGAACGCGCCUUAGAGAUGGAAUCGAGAGCAGAUCUCCCAGACACAGUGACCGAGGAGAUGGAGACGAUCAAAGAGAUGAAGAAACAUGUUCUGAAGAACAUGACAUGGGUGAGCUCCAACAAGACAGAUGCUGCUGCGGAGAAACUCACAGAAUUUGAAUCCUGGUGGGAGAAGAAGCAGGAGCAGCAGAAGAAGAUUCCUCUUCAUGAAGCUCCAGCAUACACCAAGCAGGAGGUUUUGAGUCAGAUCUCCAAGGUCAAGAAGGAAUGGGAAAAGCUAAAGAAGAUCAAAAAACCGAAGGAGACCAAGCCCAAGAAGGACAAGAAUACCAGCAAGUCUGAGAAAUCCGAGAAGGAGGAUCCGCUUCCAACGGACAUCGAUGCCAUCGAACGAGAGUUGAGUGAAAUCUCUGUGAAGAAGAUGGAAGCUGUAGAGAAGGAGGACUUCGAUGCAGCUCACGCGUUGAAACAGCGCGAGCAGCUGCUCUCAGAACAGCGAAAAAAGCUGAAGGCUGAGGAUGACAAAGGCGAGUUGUGA